CACUGUGCAGAACAAUCUCUGAUAACAAUCUCACUUAUAGUUUGCUUGUUGCUCCACUGUGUGAAGUGUAGUGGUACAGUUGUUGUUGCUCCCUCAGAUUCAGCUUAAGAUCACAAUAUGAAGUUCUUCAGCAGUUUUGCUAUUUGUAUCUGUUUGGUGAUCCCAGCAGUUCUCACUACUAAUGCUUCCCCGGAGGGAGAUCUCCAACUGUCGGGAGGUGUGAAAGUGUCCAAGUCUGCAUUCCACUGUAAAGUGUUGGAGCACCACAGAAUGGACUGUUUCUGUCUGAGCGCCCAGUUCACCGUUAACAGCUGCCAUUCCUUACUGGGCGAGGACAUCAUCAACUCCCACAAGUACAAAAUAGAUCACAUCAAGGGUUCAUUGUGUCGGAAUCACAGAAUGAAUUGUCGCAACGGUGAAAAUACAAAGCAAUGCUGUAGAUCACUACUCUGCUACAGGAAUCUUGGGUGUCGUUAAAACAACAAACUAACUGAGGAUAACACGUUA